ACAGAGGGGGACAGCAUGGGAAGAAGGAGGGUGCCGGUGGUACCAGCUCGGGUUCGAACAUAUACUCUUUCAGGUUUGACACCACUUCUUUAAUAGUUUCUUCUAUCCUUUCCUACAUGCUUUACCGGAUGAUCCCGGGAGAUCAGUCGAGGGAGAUCACUUGGCAGGAGUUCCGGAACACUUUCUUCGAUAAGGGGCUUGUGGAGAAGUUGACUGUGGUCAACCGGAGUCGAGUGAAGGUCAACUUGCACAGAGAUGCUACCGCCCAGGUGUAUCCCGACUCCCCGGCUGCCAAUGGGAACUUCUACUACUAUUUUAGUAUUGGGUCGGUGGAGGCUUUCGAACGAAGAUUGGAUGAUGCUCAGAAAGAAUUGGGGAUCCCUAGUUCCGAGCGAAUACCGGUUGCUUACCGGGACGAGAUUUCUUGGACCGGAACCGUGCUUUCUUUUGCCCCCACCUUGCUAGUAAUAGGCUCAAUAUUCUGGCUGUCACGGCGUGCUUCAAGCGGAGCUGGGCAAAGUGGGAUUUUCGGCAUCGGUAAAUCUCGGGCCAAACUCUUCAAUCACGAGACGGAUGUCAAAAUAAAGUUUAAGGAUGUUGCCGGCAUGGACGAAGCAAAAGUCGAAAUCAUGGAAUUUGUUUCGUUCCUGAAGCAACCUGAACGUUUCCAAAAGCUCGGGGCCAAGAUCCCACGUGGUGCAAUUCUCUCCGGGCCCCCGGGUACUGGUAAAACACUUCUUGCGAAGGCUACUGCCGGGGAAGCCCAGGUCCCUUUCUUCUCGGUGAGCGGUUCUGAAUUCGUGGAAAUGUUCGUCGGUGUCGGUCCUUCCCGUGUACGAGAUCUCUUUGCCAAAGCUCGGAAGAAUGCACCAUGUAUCAUAUUUGUUGAUGAAAUUGAUGCUAUCGGAAAGUCACGUGCCAGAGCAAACAUCGGAGGCGGUAACGACGAGCGAGAGAGCACACUGAACCAAUUGCUUACCGAAAUGGAUGGUUUCAAUACUACAGAGCAGGUGGUUGUUCUAGCUGGCACUAAUAGAGCGGACGUUCUUGAUAAGGCGCUUAUGAGGCCUGGGCGAUUUGAUAGGCACAUCACGAUUGAUAGACCAACCAUGGAUGGGAGGAAACAGAUCUUUUUGGUUCAUCUUAGGAAGAUUGUAACCUCUGAAGAUAUGGAUUACUUGAGUGGACGCUUGGCCGCAUUGACUCCCGGUUUUUCCGGGGCUGAUAUCGCGAACUGUGUCAAUGAAGCUGCUCUCAUUGGUAGGUGCAAUCUCACAUCAUAGAAUACGUAUGCCGACUAACAACUCAAUAGCCGCGCGGGGAAACGCUGACCAGGUUAUAAUGAUCCACUUCGAGCAAGCCAUUGAGCGUGUCAUCGGUGGCCUCGAGAAAAAAUCGCUCGUCCUCUCACCAGAGGAGAAGAGGACGGUAGCAUAUCACGAGGUAGGAAUUCUCUUCCCCUAGUCCCUCGGGCCAAGUGACGGCUAAGCAGAUCCAGGCCGGCCAUGCUGUUUGCGGCUGGUUUUUAAAAUAUGCCGACCCCCUCCUCAAAGUCUCCAUCAUCCCGCGUGGUCAGGGCGCCCUCGGCUACGCACAGUACCUCCCCCAGGGGGAGCAAUACCUCUUGUCGUUAGCCCAACUAAUGGACCGAAUGGCGAUGACUCUCGGAGGACGUGUCUCAGAGGAACUCCACUUCGACACUGUCACCAGUGGAGCCUCAGACGAUUUCAACAAGGUGACCAGGAUGGCAUCUGCCAUGGUGACAAAGUGGGGGAUGAGCAAGGACAUUGGCACACUAUACUACGACGACGACGAGCAGAAGCUGCAGAAACCAUUCUCGGAGGAGACGGCACGGAAGAUCGACUCGGAGGUGCGGAAGUUGAUUGACGAGGCGUACAACAAGUGCAAGACAUUGCUCACCGAGAGGAAGACAGAGAUUGGGCUUAUUGCUGAGGAAUUGCUAUCCAAGGAGGUGCUUGGGCGGGAGGAUAUGGUUCGGAUAUUGGGCAAACGGUAAGAGUCCUUAUUGAGAAAAGUGACUUGUGAAACGCUGACAAUGGGAAAAUAGACCGUUCGAGGAGAACAAAGAUUUUGAAAAGUUCUUUGAUAGGGGUCAUACUUCCGCUCCUCCGUAAGUUUAUUCCCUCUUCUAUGCACCUACAAAAAGCGUGCUGAUUAGGGAACAAAAGACCCUUUCCUGGCGAAGAUCAAGUCCCCCCAGCAUCCCCAACGCCUCCAUAGUCACCGCGAACUCACAUUUUCUCUCCUCACCCUUCCUCCCACCCAUGCAUCCAUUCUUGCAUACAUUGAACCCCAAAUUCCUAUAAGCAAAAAUUAUAUAAAAAAACAAGCUUAGCAUAUUAUCUGUAUCAAAUCACCCCCUGGCCACACAUCGGGAUCAUAUCUUUUGUUUUCUUUCUUUCUUUCUCUUUCUUCCACCAAUCGAUUGACUGUACAUACAAUAAUAUGUGCAUCGACCCCACCCACCCUUCUCAGAUUCAUAUAAAAAAACCCCUCUCUGGCUUUUUCGCUUAUUUUUUCUCGUGCCCUUUUUUUAUGUCUUGGUUGGUCGGUUGGGUAGAUGGGGGGGUGCUACAUUGCAGGGUAGUAACGGAAACGACUAGAAAAUGGACAGCAUGUUAUUAUACCGCAAUUAUUAAGGAUCACAAAGCAUCACUCUUAUUUCGUAUCACCGAUCUAAAAUCCGAAGUCAACCCUUAUAGCGUCUUGAUUGCUAUCAUCGAUCAUAACAAUAACAGCGGUCAAUAUUCACAAGUUUCCUAGUCCAGCCCAGCCUCCAGAGAUGCAACAUAACAUUCCAUACUCACUCCCAUGCUAGUCCAAGUUCCCAAGAUACCUGUCGUUUCUCCAUUUCAACGAAAUAAUAAACAUUCUUGUAAAAUUCUUGUUGUAAUUCCCAUGGCGAUUCCAACCAUCUCAACAGCUGCUCCACUUUGUCGAAUAAUAGCUUCGGACAACACGAUCCCCAUGGCGGUUGU